UCCUCUGACUGGAAAUGUCCCCUCUGCUCCCCAUUUCUGCCUCUCAGCAUGACUAACAGAAACCCAGAGGACAACACCAGCCUGGAGAAUGCCAUGCAGCUGAUGAUCCAGACUUUUCACAAGUACUCGGGAAAAGAAGGGGACAGGUUUACCUUGAGUCGAGGCGAGCUCAAGGAAAUGUUGACGCAGGAGCUGGGCACCUAUCUGGGGAAUGCACAAGACAAGGAUGCUGUGGACAAAGUUAUGAAUGACCUGGACUCCAACAAUGAUGGCGAGGUGGACUUCACUGAGUUCAUAAUCCUGGUGGGUGCCCUGACAGUGGCGUGCAACGAUUUCUUCCUGGAGUAUCACAAGGAUGACAAGAAGUCUUGUGAGAAAAAGGAAUGAAGGGUUGC